AUGUUGUUAAAACUUAUAUUAGUUUUGUCUGCCUUUGUGGCACUAAGCGUUUGCCAAUCACCGGAACUCGGUGGUUCAGGCAGUCUUAAUCAGUACUUCGCAUACACAAGAGCGGUACAAAAUGGACAACUAGGAGUACAAUUCAACAUGACUAUAGAAUCAAUUCAAGAGACUACUUUAAAUAUAAACUUGACUACGACUAUUAUCGUUCACGGACACCAAGGAUCAGCCAAGUCUUCUCUCAAUCCUACUGUUAAGGAUGCACUACUAACAAAUGAAGAUGCCAACGCAAUAAUUGUGGACUGGUCGCAAUUCUCUUCGCAAUCUUACGAAAAUGCCGUCAAAGCGGUUCCCAGCGUUGGGACAUACUUAGGGGCGAUGAUAGAAAAUCUGGUUGCUGCUAAUGUGACUACGCUGGACCAGGUCCACUUGGUUGGAUUCGAUCUAGGCGCUCACAUUGUUGGUUAUGCUGGGAGAACAUUAGGUGGUGAAGUCGCAAGGAUAACCGGGCUAGACCCAUCUGGCAAAAGUUGGGGUCCUAACACACCUCGCAUCAGCAAAGAAGACGCAAAAUACGUUGAAAUCAUUCACACGGACACCUUUGGAAUAUUUCCGAAUGGAAUCGGCGAUCCUAUUGGACACGCGGACUUCUACCCAAACGGAGGUGCCAGCCAGCCAGGAUGCUUUCUCUACAGACCAUGCUGUCAUAAACGGUCAUGGGAGUUGUUCGCAGCGUCUCUAGCCUACACUCAUUUGCAAGGGAACCAAUGCAGCUCCAUGCUGCAAAUGAAUUUGAACAACUGCCGAGGAUUCCUUCAUCCAAUGGGAACGAACGAGUUGGUUAAGCUUGGGAGUGGAAUAUACCGUUUGAACACAAAAUCAAAAUACCCAUUUUUACUUUCUUGGCUCUGA